CUGAUGCGGUUGAAAAUCUGGAAAUGUUAUUUUCUCCGACAAUGUGAUUAAGCGUACGAAGCGAGGAUGGUGAAUGGGAACAGGAUAAAAAGUCGAGUUUGUCAAAGGAACAAUGGCCGCGUCUUGAUGCGAUCCAAAGUAUUGGACGAAGCCAUCUGGCGGCAGAAAUCGUGCGAUUCCAACCGAGUCGUCUUUGAUUGGAUAAAUUCACUUUUCAUCGUACAUUUGACGUUAUUCUGACUUGAUGCAAUGAAACGAUGAUUGGAAAGCUGGUGUAAGAUUUUCCAACCUCUUAUCUACCUGUAACUUAACCUAUAACGAUCAGCUGACGAGCUGAACAGACGCCAUGUUAGCCCAGCCACGCCCAUUUUACCGUCUGGAGCUGUGCGAGGAAUGGGCUCUCGCCAACAGCCGCGAGUGCGUCGAGGGGGGUGUCGGGGGCGGCGGGGGCCAGGAAGACGCCGAGGAUCCGGCGGAGGCCACGUUCUCUCUGAAAUACCUGGGAAGCACCCUCGUCGAGACGCCCUCCAGCGAGGAGGCCACCGCCGAGGCCAUCAAAACCAUCAUCACCAUGGCGAAAGCGAGUGGAAAAAAAUUGCAGAGGGUGUCCCUGGCGGUUAGCCUACGGGGAAUUCGCAUGACCGAUGUGGCAACGGAAGAGGAUCAGCUCCAGGUCUCGAUUUACAGGAUCUCUUACUGUUCGGCUGACGCGACCCACGAUCAUGUUUUCGCCUUCAUCGCGACAAACCUCAACGAGACAAUGGAGUGUCACGCUUUUCUAUGCCCUAAGAGGAAAAUGGCCCAGACUGUUACUCUCACGGUGGCUCAGGCCUUCAACACAGCGUAUCAGGCCUGGCAGCUGACUCAAGUCGAUCCUCGUAUUCACCAUACAACUGACAAGAGCCCUCCGAUGACCGACGAAAAUUGUAUUGAAUAUCACGACAAGAUCGUCAACGAGACGAAAAACAACGAGAAACACAACCGACAGAAUAACCAAAAUGUAAAACGUAACAACAUCAAUGAGACUCAGAAGAAUCUCCUGAUCGAUUUAUCGUCCGAUUCUAAGCCAAAGGAAAAUUCGUGGGUUUGCUUCGAGGAGGAAACGGGAGUGGACAAUAAAAACACGAGGAACAACAACUCGCCUACGAGCAUCCCGAUGUCGACGCUCAGAGCGACGCCGACGCCGACGCGGCUCGUCACUCCGCGACCUUCACCUUCGCCCUUGGCGGGGCAGAACGCCUGGGGCGAGUCCAGGUCGGUCGACUUGAUGUGCUCGUAGCCCUUAUAGCCCAGGGCCGACAACUUCCGCGACGUGCCCCUCAUCACCGGACUCUGGAAGCACCUUUCGGCCAGCGGUAUACCGAGGAACUUUUCCUCCUAAAUUCGAAACCUGAAACGUGCGCCGACCACGGUUAUCGCGGUCCUUGCGGUGAUCCUGCGGAGAUCCUGCACUGAGAAAAAUUUCAUUUGUUGGAGUAACUGGAUAUAUUCAGUCAAACAGGUAUCGUUAAAAAAAAAAACUGUUUGAAUAUUGUUGGUAUUACGAAAAACGAGGUACGCCUAACCAU